UCGAUCGGCGCAGGCGUGGACCAGGUCUGGUUGCCGCUUCAAUGUGAGAUAUGGGGAUGAAUAAUUUUUUGUUCGCACAGUGCAUCCUGUAUUUUCUAGCUUUCCUGUUUGGCUUCAUCGCCGUGGUGCCGCUGUCGGAGAACGGCAGUGAUUUCCAGGGAAAAUGCCUGCUCUUUACCCGGGGGAUGUGGCAGAAUGAGAACAUCACUGUGGAGAAGCAGCGCUUCAUAGUGGAGGAAUGGGGCCCAGAAUCCGCCUGUCAGUUCACCACCUUCAUCGGACUCUUCACCCUCCUCUUCUCGGCAAUCCAGGCAUGGAGACUCCUCUUCUACCUUUGCAAAGGACACGAUGACACUUUCUUUGCAACGUUCCUGAAUCUGCUGGUCAGCACCUUCGUGGUUUUCCUUAUCUUCGUAGCAAGCACUCUGGUCACUGUUGGCUUCAAUAUGUGGUGUGAUGCAAUCACUGAGGAUGGAAGAAUGCCUAACAGUUGUGAAGAAUUGCAGGAUAUUGAUCUGGAGCUGCACUUGGAUAAUUCUUCUUUCUAUGACCAGUUUGCAAUUAUCCAGUUUGGUCUGUGGGCCGGAUGGGUUGCUUGGAUGGCAAUUACCAUUCUUGCGUUCCUGAAAGUGUAUGACAACUAUAGGCAGAAGGAGCUCCUCGACAGCCUGGUCCAUGAGAAGGAGUUGCUUCUAGCAAGAUCAUCCAAGAGAGCAUUAGAGCAAGUUGAGAAGAAUGCAAUGAUUUAAAAGCAAUUACAGUACAUAUUGUACAAAGAGCUGAUAUAAAUAAAGCAAAGCUGCAUGUACUUUGUCAAGGCGAAGGCAUUGAAAAGUUACUGUAAAACAGGAUACUCACUCUCUAGCCUUACUGCCCAUCUUAAUGGUAGGUACCAUAAUAAUAACUGUAUCUUUCGAUAGAUACUAUUGUUCUUCCAGUGCCUAAUAAUCAUUAGCCUGUAUAAUGUAAUGAUUUUCUAAAAUGUUACAGCACAAUACAUAAUGAUUGCUCUAUUGCCAAAUCAAAAUGUAAACUUCUGCUGUUCAUACUUGUACAUCAAAACGUAAAUGUUGUUGAUCAGAAAAAAAUAUCCUGAUUUACAGUACAAAGUUAAAUAGCCUACACCGAAUUUCAUGUGCCAAAAAUAAACUUAGUAAUGUGUUAGAUGAUAGAGGAGAAAAACUUUCAGCCAGUUAUAUUCCACAUAGUUCAGUACACUCCCACUGCUACAAAAUAUUGUAUUGAAAGCAAAUGAACAAAAUUGUCCACUCUCAUAGCAAAUGAUGAUAAAUUUCACAUUCAACAUGUCAAAGAUGUUUCGAGCCAAACUCAGUGAUACCUGAAUAUUCUUUCUAUUAACAGAAUACAUUGCUUUCACACUCGAAAAUCUCAUCUGCAGUGUUUAGAAAAUGAUAAUGAUUGUUUCUUAGGAGCAGCUGCUAUCUUGCAGCACUGAAUACUCUACCUUAAAUCAAUAGUUUCUCUUCUGCUAAUAAAAUGAACAACAGAUAUUGGAAGCUUAGUGGUAUAAAGUGACAGACUUUAUUGUGCCAUAUGUUGCUCAUAAAAAGGAUCUUUGUUAUUAAUGUCAAUUCUUUAACCUUGAUUACAGUGUCCUUUGCUCAAAACUGUGUAAAAUUAAAUUCAUUCAUACGCUUGUUUA